CGGAAGUGCUCUAUUCACACUGCCAACAUUACACUCGGCUAGUUGGUCGAUACUGCGGAAUAGGUAACAAACUAGAUGGGUUUACUGCGACAAAACAGUGUCGCCUGUUAGGGAAUUACAAUGCCAUUAAGCGCAGCAUGAGAUCUGAGAAGUAGACUAUGAAAACAGUACACAAAUCUGUUGAUUUAUGUGUUUAUUCACAGACGGAUUGUUAUGAUUUUAGCAUUUGCUAAGCGUGACGUGAUUCUGUGUGAUUAAAGUUGAGCAACAGUGUUCAGAUAAUCGACCAGGUCAAUGUGCCAAGAGUUCCGAACCGACUUUACAGCAGAUCAGCAGUGGAUGCUCGUGUUUAAUCGUCUGAUCUGGAAGGAUAUAUGCACAAAACUGACUAGCUCACCAGCUAAUACACCAAUCCAAGUACGUUAAGGAGGAUCUGUUGGCACCAGACAUCGGUCGAUUGUACAGGAUUUGCUGUUAAAUUCUAAAGUGAUUCUCAAACUGAGACAGCGGUGUAUCUUUAGCUGAAAUGGAUGACUUCAGCUCCAUCAGUCUGCUGUCUCUGGCUAUGUUAGUCGGCUGCUAUGUGGCUGGAACAAUUCCCCUGGCUGUCAACUUCUCUGAGGAGAAGCUGAAGUUGGUGACAGUGUUGGGAGCUGGGCUGUUGUGUGGCACUGCGUUGGCUGUCAUUAUUCCUGAGGGAGUUCAUGCACUCUAUGAGGAAAUGCUGGAAGGUGGGCACCACCAUGGCCACGUGCAGGUAGAAGCAGAAGUUUCUGAACAGAAGAUUGUUGAAGGAGUCGUGGGACAAAGUGUUGAACACAGCCACAGUCACGAGCAGCUCCACGCUUAUAUCGGCGUCUCUCUGGUGCUGGGCUUCGUCUUCAUGCUGCUGGUGGAUCAGAUCGGCAGUUCUCACAUGCACAGCAGUGAUGAUCCAGAAGCAGCAAGGACUGCUAGCUCUAAGGUCACCACCACACUUGGAUUGGUCGUUCAUGCUGCAGCUGAUGGUGUUGCUCUUGGAGCAGCUGCGUCCACGUCUCAGACCAGCGUCCAGCUCAUUGUUUUUGUGGCCAUUAUGUUGCAUAAGGCUCCUGCUGCGUUUGGACUCGUCUCGUUCCUCAUGCAUGCCGGUUUAGAAAGAAACCGUAUCCGGAAACAUCUAUUAGUCUUUGCCUUGGCUGCCCCUCUUUUGGCCAUGCUCACCUACGUAGGACUCAGUCAGAGCAGUAAAGAGGCGCUAUCUGAUGUCAACGCUACCGGUGUGGCCAUGCUGUUUUCCGCCGGCACCUUCCUGUAUGUAGCCACGGUGCACGUCCUCCCAGAAGUGGGCGGCAUGGGCGGGCACAGCCACUCGCCCGGAGGCAGCGCAGGGAAGGGACUGAGCAAAGUGGAAGUUGGAGCUCUGGUUCUAGGCUGUCUGAUACCUCUGGUGCUGUCCAUCGGCCACCAGCACUAGUGUUCUUCACUUGCAGCAACAUUGACGAAGGUCUAAAAAGUGUAAACGGGACUUUGAACAGCAUUGGCCACAGAUGUGGUUUGAAUCAUGCCUCUGUCAGUUUAUUCAAGUUGGCGGUUGGAGUGAACGGAGGAACAUUGCAGUCGGGAUCAAGAUUUGAGAAGCGCCUAUGGACUUCCGGAAUGGGGCGGCCAUGUCCCUCCUUAAAGCCCCGUGGGCUGACAGCUUACGAUGACCAUACACAAAUAAAUGCGAUCAUGUGUCCACCUUUUAAUUUUAUGUUUUCUUCAGUGGUGCUGGUUAAAAAAGUUUCGGUUGUUGUUGGGUUGUCAUGUAUGCUUUAAAUUUAAUAUUCUAUUGGUUUUUAUAUGAAAUUUGUCCGUGAAUCUUUUAAAAGAUGAACCAACACAAUUGUGCCCAUUUACAAUGAUGAUAAAUGUUUAGAUACUUUACAAAGAUUAAAUUCAUUGAGUUUAUUAUCCCUCUUUUUCUACAGUAUUGAUUUAGUUGUUUUAAACUUUGAUCAAAUUUCACCUUGCCUAAGCUAGUCAGCUAAAACACUUUUCAUUAAGAACAUGUCCAUGUUUUCUUUGUUUUUACUCUUUGUUUUUAAUUUAAUUACAUUUUUUUAAUUAAUGCUAACAGUUUUACUCUGUAUUCUAUUAACAAAUAUGCUUCUGAGUUAAUAUGGGAACGUACAGGGCUUUGUUUUCCCCCUCUCACAAACUUGGCUACUGCUAAACUAUAGUAAUUUAUUCAAAAAUGUCAUCAUGUGUAUGAUUAUUGGACAAAUAUGACAUCUUUUUUGCCAGUAGAAUUUUAAAUCUUCAAAUAUUUGGAAGUACUCUUAUUUUUGCAGUCAAUUCCAAACAGUUGCAUAUGACUUUGUUUUUCCUUUUUUUGCUUUUUUUUUUUUUACUAUUGCUAUUAUUAUUAAAUGACACAUGAAAAAUGUGUUGUUGUCCAAAGGCUUGCAGGUGGACAUUUUUCUGUUGAGUUCAGUGCAUGUACAGCUUUAUUAUUUGACUUACCAACCAUUUUUCAAACUUGACUGGUUGUUUAAUCCUGAAAAAAGGAUCUGACUAGUCAUUCAGAUGUUUUGUACUGUGAUGCCUGCUCCGAGCAGAGCCUGUGUACUGUAAAUAUGUAUUCUCUGUAAAAAUAACAGACAAAAAUAUCCUGUUUGACACCUCGAGUAGUUUUUAGUCUCAUUUUAGAAUGGGAGAGAGAGAUUGUUUUGAAAUGAAUGACUAUUACUUGGGAUUUAUUCUUUGAGAAUUUGAGGUCAGUUGGAAAGAUAUAUGGUGAACUUCUGCUUUGGUCAACUGAAGGUUUUAGAUUUGCGAAUGGUAAAGCUCCUGUGUUCAUCACCAAGUUACUUAACGUUUGCCUCUGAACCUUGAAUAAGAAAAUGUAAGGAGGCUUUUGGGGCCGACUUGGACACCAUCAACAUCCUAUGGUCCUGGUUUACAAAUUGUCUUGCUCUGAAAAGUGACAGUCAUAGUCUGUUUGAAAGCUGUGUUAGUGCUUUUAGCUCUCUAGCGCCCUCAUCUUACCGAAGCACAGCAUCAACUUCAAAUUGUGGAAGAAACACUGAUGAGAGAUUUCAUGCUGAUUUGUGGAUAAUGAUUAUUUUAUGACACCAUUAAAAGGGAAAGCUAGAUAAACUUAGCCUCAUUCGAAUUCUACGACAUGAUCUCCUCCCAGAAACUUGGGACAGAUAUAUAAUGGAACUGAAUGGUGAUUGGAUAGAUGAAAUUGUGUGCCAUAAUGACUUAUUUUGACUGAUUCUGCUCAUACAGCUCAGAGCUGAUGGGGUAGGGAGGGUGGUGGGAUUUGGAUAGAGAUUUUACAAUGUGGGGGGAUAUGAAUUCAUGAUGAAUUGUAUUUUGGGCUUUUAUGUGAUCAUUCCACAAGAGGAGUAUGCCUUAUUUUUCUCGCAGUUGUUUAACUUAAAAUGGUUUCACAAUUCUUUGUUCAUGAUUUGAAUAAACUUGUUUUCUUUUUUAAUGGAUGCUGAUCUUACUAUGUACUUUAUUUUGCCUGUCUAAUGACAUUUGGAAUUGCAUUG